UUAUGUGAAGAUGGCGGCGUGUAGCUGAAUGGCCCCAGAGAAGCAGAACGGCGGAAAAAACAUUCCGCUUUACUCAAUUUAAUACCCAACAACACACACGGUACUCCAGCUGACGAAUGAGGCGCCACAAUAACGGUUUAAGAAGAUCCUAAACAGGAGGACUAGGAUGGUAAUAUGACACAGAGCAAGAAGAAGAAACGGCCGAAUCGCAGUCUCCUGCUGGCGAAAAAAAUAAUCAUCAAGGAUGGAGGGACAGCGCAGGGCUUCGGUGCUCCGAGUGUAUACCAUGCGGUGGUGGUCAUUUUCCUGGAGUUCUUUGCCUGGGGUCUCUUGACUGCACCCACACUCGUGGUUCUCCACGAGACCUUCCCCAAGCACACUUUCCUGAUGAAUGGCCUCAUCCAGGGAGUCAAGGGUCUGCUGUCCUUCUUGAGCGCUCCCCUGAUUGGUGCGUUGUCUGAUGUGUGGGGCCGCAAGUCUUUCCUGCUGCUGACCGUGUUCUUCACCUGCGCUCCCAUCCCACUCAUGAAGAUCAGCCCAUGGUGGUACUUCGCAGUGAUCAGUGUGUCGGGGGUAUUUGCGGUGACCUUCUCAGUGGUGUUUGCAUAUGUAGCUGACAUCACACAGGAACACGAGAGGAGCAUGGCAUACGGACUGGUGUCGGCCACGUUUGCGGCGAGCCUGGUGUCGAGCCCGGCCAUCGGGGCGUACCUGGGCCGCGUGUACGGUGACAGCCUGGUGGUGGUGUUGGCCUCGGCGGUGGCCAUGCUGGAUAUCUGCUUCAUCCUCGUCUGCGUACCGGAGUCACUUCCAGAGAAGAUGAGACCCGCCUCGUGGGGAGCGCCCAUAUCAUGGGAGCAGGCAGACCCCUUUGCUUCUCUUCGGAAGGUGGGUCAAGACUCCACAGUGCUGCUCAUCUGUAUAACAGUGUUCUUGUCUUACCUGCCGGAGGCCGGACAAUACUCCAGCUUCUUCCUUUACCUACGACAGAUCAUGGGCUUCUCGCCGGAGAGUGUGGCUGCCUUCAUCGCUGUAUUGGGGCUGCUGUCCAUCGUGGCCCAGACGGUGGUGCUGAGUCUGCUGAUGCGUUCCAUCGGUAAUAAGAACACCAUCCUGCUGGGCCUCGGCUUCCAGAUCCUGCAGCUAGCCUGGUACGGCUUCGGAUCAGAACCCUGGAUGAUGUGGGCUGCGGGGGCCGUAGCUGCCAUGUCCAGUAUCACCUUCCCUGCUGUCAGCGCCCUGGUGUCACGCACAGCUGACCCCGACCAACAAGGUGUUGGCCAGGGCAUGGUGACGGGCAUCAGAGGGCUGUGUAACGGGUUAGGCCCCGCCCUCUACGGAUUCAUCUUCUACAUUUUCCACGUGGAGCUGGACGAGACGCCAGACGACAGCACACACAUGACACACGCACACCACCAUCAACAGGCGGCGAUCAUCCCCGGCCCUCCCUUCCUGUUCGGAGCAUGCAGUGUGCUGCUUGGCCUGUUGGUGGCGCUCUUCAUCCCGGAGCAUCCUCAACUGGGGGGCGGGGUGCGGGGGGGCAGCUGGAAGAAGCACACCUCGCCCCACAGCCACACGCACACACACUCGCACACACACACCGCGCCCAGCGAGGCCAAGGAACCGCUGCUGCAGGACUCCAACGUCUGACACACACACACACUCACACACACACACACGCACACACUCAAGCACACACACACUUAAGGGUGACUCCCCCACUUGGACCUUGUCUUAUGACGCCCGCACACACACACUCACGCACACCCCUCCUGUGGCCAAAAUCGGAUGGCUUCGCACAGCUUAACCCCUUGACCCCCCCCCCCCCCCAUCGCCAUCCAAGGCCAAACUCUGAUGUCUAGGUCUGUAUAUGCCACACCUCGAACCCCCCUCAAGCCAAAAUCACAUGGCCACCCUCAUCUGCGGACGAAUUGCAACACCUUAUGCUACAGACCACCACCACCACCACCACCCACUGCUAAAGGACAGACUACCACCCCCCAGGCCUGGAGCCUGAGCACUUGUCUGCUACCCCCUAUCACACACACACACACACACAAGCACACAAGCCAAACCCCCCAACACGCGCACGCACGCACACACCUCCAAAAGCCAAACCUAUCUGCAGUAUGAUGAACACCCCACUCCCCCCACACCCUACCACCAGAGCCGCUGACAGCUUUGACCGAGCCCAGGACAACUUCCCUGAAAGGGCCCAAACUCAACGUGUGCAAUGUAAUGAGGAUCCAUUUCUUUGACCUUCUCUUUCCCUGUGCCCGGGACAACUGAACUGUUUGCCCCCACCCCCACCCCCCCUGUCGGCU